CCUUGAGGCGGGGCCUGCAGCGCCAGAGGCUCGGCGGCGCUGCGCCGCUAGCGCCGCCGGCGCCGCCGAGCUCUGAGGGCGCGCGCGGGGGCGGGCCCGAUGGUGCGCUCCGGAGCUCCGCUGUCCCGAGGCGCCGGGAGCCGUCGGGGGCCCCGAGGAGCGCCGGCAGGGCGGGCAGGGGCUCGAGGAAGAACAGGCGCCGCCAGAGGACGGGAGGGAGCCCGGCCAGCUCUUGCAAGCCAGCGCAAUACCCCACAGCGGAGUAUUGUGUCAGCUAG